AUGAAAGUGAAGGCGUCGUUAGCACUAAAAGAGUAUAAUAACGGGAUGAAACUACGCGCUCUUUUAAGGAUAACGACGUCAAUUCAGUGGCGCGUCGACGGAGAUUACGUGCCAGAUCGAGUGCGAUUCCGGCUAGUCGAAUCGCUUGUUGAUGAUGCGUUGGAUAAGUUGAGGGGCGGAUUGGCGCUAGAUGAAGAAAUUGAGUUGGACAGUGACAAUACUUGUCGCAAUGCUGUUCUUUGCUGUACCUGGUUGAAUAGCACUUGUUGGCCGUAUACACCGCUGGUUGGGUUCGGAUUCGACCUGACGUGCAACAAUCUCUUUUGCUUUCGAGAUUCCGCUUGGCUAAACGAUAAUGCCAUGCGUGCUUUUUUUUGCGGUUUUGUUGCCUCGCACCAAUUCGUGCUUCUUCCUAUCAAUGUUGGUGGCACGCAUAGGGGAUGCCUCGUGGUUGACCGAGACACCAAGGUUAUCAAGAUGUACGACAGUAUGGGCGGUAAGAGAAACAAGAAACGGUUGCAGAAGAUGGCUGAAGAAAUCCGUACUGGGCCUCUACGUGACGAUUCCUACGAAGCUUUGGAAGUAACCGAGCCGGUGCAAACGGACAGUGACAGUUGCGGUGUGUUUGUGUGCCGGUUUUUCUGGACUUGCGUGAGCAGCGAAUCCCCCAGCGAUGUGUCCCCAGCUUGUAUUACGAAGCUGAGGUGGGAGAUGCUGCACGCAGUCAUGAAGUUGAGGCCGCGCUAG